AGUGACAUUUUAUGCCGUGAGCAUCUUCUUCCGUCUACUGUAGGAUACUGACACAGUGCUACUCUGCGAUUGGCUGAAUCGCUGGGAACCAGGGAAGGAGACACUCCUGGUAAACUCUCAAGUUCAUGCUCCAAAGGAUUUUGGCACCAAAGCUCCAGAAUAGCAUCUUUGUUUCUGGGUGGUUUGGGCAACGCCAAGACAGAUCUUUGGCAUUUCUGUGUGCACUCGAGGACAAUCAUUUUCGCCAAAGUUUCCGGAAAUACGGCGCAGGUGCCCUUGGUGAGAGGAUGGCUGGAUACAAACUAGUCCUGAUCCGCCAUGGAGAGAGCUGCUGGAAUCAGGAAAACCGUUUCUGUGGCUGGUUUGACGCAGAUUUAAGUGAGACUGGGGAACAGGAGGCCAGGAGAGGAGGACAGGCUCUGAGAGACGCUGGUUAUGAGUUUGAUGUUUGCUACACCUCGGUCCUGAAGAGAGCCAUUCGCACUCUGUGGCUUGUCCUGGAUGGCAUUGACCAGAUGUGGCUGCCUGUUCAUCGGACCUGGCGUCUCAAUGAACGCCACUAUGGUGCUCUGACUGGGCUGAACAAGGCUGAGACGGCGGCAAAACACGGAGAGGCCCAGGUCAAGAUCUGGAGACGUUCUUUUGACAUCCCCCCUCCACCCAUGGAUGAAACGCAUGACUAUUACCAGAACAUCAGCAAGGAUCGACGUUAUGCUGACCUAACUGAAGAUCAGCUUCCAACAUGUGAAAGUCUUAAGGACACCAUCACUAGAGCGCUGCCUUUUUGGAAUGAAGAGAUUGUCCCACAAAUUAAAGAAGGAAAAAGAGUGCUAAUUGCUGCUCAUGGCAAUAGCCUUCGAGGUAUUGUCAAACACCUUGAAGGCAUGUCAGAAGAAGCCAUCAUGGAGCUUAACCUACCCACUGGCAUUCCCAUUCUCUAUGAGCUUGAUAAAAACCUGAAGCCUUUAGGACCCAUGCAGUUUCUGGGAGAUGAGGAGACUGUAAAGAAGGCGAUGGAAGCAGUGGCAGCCCAGGGCAAAGCUAAAAAAUAGGCUCAAACGUCUUUUCCAUUGAAACAUCAACUCAUCCUGAAAUAAACUUUUCACAGAUGUUGUAUACUUGGGUAGCUUUCCCCUAUGAACACACAAAGACAUUGGAUUACGUGUGUAUACAGAUUAGGGUCCCCACACAAAUAAAUAAAUACCCACCCACAAUGUGCAUAACUAUUUUAUUUGUUUACAAACCAGAUCUAUAGUUGCAUUCUUACAACAGGAAUAAGCAAACAAGACCAUAAUCAAAACAAACCAAAGGAAUCAUUCUGUGAGCUGAGUAUAAUAAAGUUGUUUUUUUGAGAAUAG